UUGCGCAUCCACCCACCCCAACCGACCAAAGCUCGCCCCUUUGCCCUCGGUCAUGAGCCUCGCCGCCGAGUCGCCGUCGCCGUCCUCCCCGUCGUCGUCGAGCGGCAGCGACGACUUCGCGGCGCUCCUCGACGCGGAGCUCGAGCUGACCUCCGCCGCCGACUCGGCCUCCGCCGGAGACCCCUCCGCCGCCACCGACGACGACGACGAAGGUGGUGACGAGGAGGAGGAGGAUGUGGUGGUGGUCGUGGAACAAGAGGACGCCAUCGUAGAGCAGAGCAGUACCAAACGGCGUAGAGUGGAGGACCAACACCGUCAUCAAGCAGUAGUAAUGAAGUCAGAUGAGGAUACCGUUGAUGUUAAAAUUGAUGAAUGCCCACCACAUCCUGGGUUUUUUGGUGGACUUUGCUAUAGAUGUGGGAAAAGACAAGAUGAGGAAGAUGUUCCAGGAGUUGCUUUUGGUUACAUCCAUAAGGGUUUGAGGCUAGGUACAACAGAAAUUGACAGACUGCGUGGAGCUGAUUUAAAGAAUUUAUUGCGAGAAAGAAAACUAGUACUCAUUUUGGACUUGGAUCAUACACUGAUCAACUCAACCAAACUCUUUGAUCUUUCUGCUGCUGAAAACGAAUUGGGAAUUCAAUCUGCUGCUAAAGAAGUUGUUCCGGACAGAAGCUUGUUCACAUUGGAGACAAUGCAGAUGCUUACAAAGUUGAGACCAUUUGUCCGUAGAUUUUUAAAAGAAGCAAGUGAUAUGUUUGAGAUGUAUAUAUACACUAUGGGUGACAAGGCUUAUGCAAUUGAAAUAGCAAAACUUCUUGACCCUGAUAAUGUAUAUUUUGGCUCAAAGGUGAUUUCGAACUCUGAUUGCACUCAGCGACACCAGAAAGGUCUUGAUGUGGUUCUUGGAGAUGAAAGUGUUGCAGUGAUUCUUGAUGACACUGAGUAUGUGUGGCAGAAACAUAAAGAAAAUCUGAUUCUAAUGGAGAGAUAUCAUUAUUUUGCUUCUAGUUGUCGCCAAUUUGGUUUUGGUGCCAGAUCUUUGUCAGAGACAAUGCAGGACGAAAGGGAGAAUGAUGGUGCUUUAGCUACAAUUUUAGAUGUCUUGGAGCGCAUACACACAAUUUUCUUUGAUCCGGAUGAUCAAAAACCUCUUUCUUCACGGGAUGUAAGACAGGUGAUCAAGAGGGUACGGCAGGAAGUACUUCAAGGCUGCAAACUAGUGUUUACGCGUGUAUUCCCGUUACAUCAGCGCCAACAAGAUCAGAUGAUCUGGAAGAUGGCCGAGCAGUUGGGUGCCGUUUGCUGCACAGAUGUGGAUUCUACGGUCACCCAUGUUGUUGCUUUGGAUCUAGGAACGGAGAAGGCUCGCUGGGCUGUUAGUAACAAGAAGUUUUUGGUCCACCCCCGCUGGAUUGAGGCCGCAAAUUUCCGAUGGCAACGGCAACAAGAGGAGGAUUUUCCUGUAGCUCGACCAAAGGAGAAGGGUAAAGAAAAUGCCGCUGAUGCUCCUAUCUCAAAGGAGAACGGUGACAAAAAUGCCGCUGAUGCUGCUAACGCAAAGAAGGGUAACGAAAAUGUCGCUGAUGCUGGUAGCACAAAGGAGGGGAGUAAAGAAAAUGCUGAUGAUGCUGCUAACUCAGAGGAGGAGUAAAGAAAAUGCUGAUGAUGCUGCUAACGCAGAGAAGAGUAAAUCUGAUGGUGCUGCCAGCGGUGCAACUGGCUCGUAACCAGCUUAUACCUUUUGUAAACCGUUGCGGACAUUGCUGUAGCUGCGAACCUACAUUAGGAUACGUACUCUUGCGAAAUAGAAAUUGUGGCUAGUUUGAAUCGGACUGUGCGGAUGAUGGUGUUAUGGUACAUGUGAGAUUUUUCCUACUGAUCUGGGCCUCCAGCCAUAUACUUUA